UUUGACAGGACAAUUGCAUAAAGAGCAGUGAUUUACGGAAUUGUAAACAAAGUUAAAAUGAUUUUAACUGUCUAUUCUCUGUUUGUACUGACAGUAUUUCCUGGAUUUUUUAUUUGUUUGCCGAACAAUAUUUAUUUUAAAGACGCUCCAUACUUCUUCGGUUACAAUGUAAAUGAUGUGUUAAACAUCGACAUACUAAUGAUUAACAAACCAAAUGACAUGACGUUUUAUAUUUAUAUUUCCCCCGGCAUUCCCGGCAAGAAAUUCACACUCCCAGAUAUCGAAGGUCACAUUCAGUUGGGCACAGUAACACUUAAGUCUGUCAGUUAUACAAUCGAUCUGGAAUUGCGUGAUGGGACCUCAACUAUCUGUACAGUGAUAAUAGCCGAAGGAAAAUUGAUAGAUUAUCAAAACUCUACUACGAUUGUGUACAAUAAAGAUUGUUUAAACGAUGGAUAUUGUACCAUUCUUGUGGAUUUUAAUAAGUGUCCUUAUCGAAAAAAUACAACAAACUUUCAUUGUUCCAAGAUCGAUUUUCGACUGAGCAUGUGCGCUUUUGAAAGUGAGUACGAAACCAAUCUCAAAUGGGGACAAUUCUAUGAUAAUGAUAAUCAUAUUGGAUAUAUGCCGAAUAUAACAUCGAAGAUAUCAAAAUACCUAUUCUUCUUAGAAGACUUUGACAACAAUACUUUUGUGGGAAUAGAGCCAAAUAAGCAUAAAAUAGUCAUGCAAUCAAAGAUUCGCGAAGACAAAAAUGUGAGCAUACUCCUGUUCAAUGACACGACACAGAUUACAUUUGAUUGUGAAGAAUAUAAACGGUAUACAAAACACUUAUAUGUAGGCCUUAUUAAUACAACAGAAAACAAAAUAACGACAAUGAGUGACAAUAAAAUUACGAUUAAAUACAAUAAAGUAUACAACGCUAGUAUAUUGUGCUGCAUAUACUAUACGAAGUCUGAAAACACGCCUGAAACAUAUAUAACACGAUAUGUUGAAAACAAGACAAUGUUGUUAUUUUAUUAUAAUUUGCCUGAAAAUAAUUCAAUUUCAGUAAAUACUGCCGAGGAUUAUACAGCGAAAACAUCAUUUCCUCAAAACCACGAUAUAGUUUACAUAGCAAUAAUAAUAGUUCUAACAGUAUUAUUAUUAUUUCUGACUUUAUCAAUGAUCAAGAAAAUAUUUUGUAAGAAGACCUCUGAAAAUUUAGCUAAACCUGAAUCAGUAGAGUUGAAUACGAUAGCCACAUCAGAUGGAGUUUUGUACACUGCCUUCGAAAAUAAAGAAAAGGACUUUCGUAAACAGGAAGAGCCCAAUUACGCCGAAAUAGUAGGAGUAUUGAAUCCAUUUAAAAAUGGAAAUUUGCAUGUACAAUUUCAGUAGCAAACUCUUGCUAACUGACCGGAUCUACUUCUGCGAUAGUUUCUUUCUACUGUCGAAUUAUAUAUACAAACUUAAA